UACUCAGUUAAGGACAGUCAAGCUCUCAGCGGAGAUCAUACCCUAUGGCCACAAGGAAGGAGGAAGGAAUAAAGACAUUUCCACGAGCUAUAAUUGUUUCAAGGGGCCCACAGGGAGCUCUGCCACUGUGUUCUCUGGCGCUUCUGUGGCCACAACUGGUGUUUUGCUUGGGGCAGCUGCUGGCCUUAAGCAUCUAAGACGUCCAGAUGAUCAUUAGCUUUCAAUGAUUCCUGAACACAUUCUGCUCAGGAGUCAAACUAACCCCGAUUCCUCUUUUUCUCUUACCCAGACUGUCAUUGUUUUGCCAAAUGGUGGCCCACAGUAUGUCCUAAGCCUAAGUAAGUCAGCAGCUGGAAGGGACCUCCGGGCUAUCCAAUUCAAGGCCUCAUUUUACAGAGGAGAAAACUGAGGCUGAUGACAGUAUGCCUUGUUCAUGGCCACAAAAGUAAGAAGGAUCAGAGAGCCGAGGCACUUUUACUGGGAACUGCAUGCGGACAAAAAGGGGUUUUGCAGAGGACUCGCCUGACAAAUAGGGCAGUGAGAUCCAGGACCCUGCCUACGUGGACAGUGAGAACACGCUCGGAGAGUCCGACCUCUUUCCCGAGGACGAGGCCAUGACGCUGGCCCAGCACGAAGUCCUUCAUGAGUCUGACAUGGACAGCGCCAUUGACAGUGCCCCGAGUCUGGAAGUAUCUGACAUGAGUCCGGGAGAGGAGAAAGACGGGGUCCUGGGAGGCCUCUUUCUUCCAGGCGACAAAUCGUUUAUCCCCAACCCGUCCGCAACGUCUGAUCUCUCCACACACUCAACAGCCUCCCUCAUCAGCAACGAAGAGCAAUUUGAAGACUACGGGGAAGGGGACGAUGUGGACUUCAACCCCAGCAGCCCCUGCCCCGAUGACGAGGCUAGAACCAACGUCUACUCCGACCUGGGAUCCUCCGUGUCUUCCAGCGCAGGACAGACCCCUAGAAAAAUGAGGCAUGUCUACAACAACGAACUGCUGGAUGUCUACUGCUCUCAGUGCUGUAAGAAAAUCAGUCUGCUGAACGAUUUGGAAGCCAGGCUGAAGAAUCUGAAGGCCAACAGCCCCAAUCGGAAGAUCUCUAGCACAGCAUUUGGACGACAACUCAUGCACAGCAGCAAUUUCAGCAGUAGUAACGGCAGCACCGAGGACCUGUUCCGGGACAGCAUUGACUCCUGUGAUAAUGACCUCACAGAGAAGGUGAGCUUCCUGGAGAAAAAGGUGACCGAGCUGGAGAAUGACAGCCUGACCAACGGAGACCUGAAGAGCAAAUUAAAACAAGAGAACAUGCAGCUUGUCCACAGGGUGCAUGAGCUGGAAGAGAUCAUGAAAGACCAGGAAACGACGGCGGAGCAGACCCUGGAGGAGGAGAUCAGACGACAUCGGGAGCUGUUCAGUAAACUCGAGAAGGAGAAGGGCACUGAGAUCGAGCUGCUAAACACAAGGGUACAACAGUUAGAAGAAGUGAACACAGAACUGAGAACCACAGUGGCCCGUCUAAAGUCCCAGGCGGAGAAAUUAGAUGAGGAGCGGCAGCGGAUGUCCGACCGGCUGGAAGACACCAGCCUCCGGCUCAAGGACGAGAUGGACUUGUACAAGCGGAUGAUGGACAAGCUGCGGCAGAACCGGAUAGAGUACCACAAGGAGCGUGAGGCCACUCAGGAGCUCAUUGAGGACCUGAGGAAGGAGCUGGAGCACCUUCAGCUUUACAAACUGGACUGUGAGCGGCCUGGGCGGGGACGAAGUUCCUCUUCCAGCAUGAGCGAAUUCAAUGCCAAGGCCCGGGAAAUUGAACUGGAACAUGAGAUCAAGAGGCUCAAGCAGGAAAACCAGAAGCUCCGAGAUCAGAACGAUGACCUGAAUGGGCAGAUUUUAAGUCUCAGUCUUUAUGAAGCAAAAAAUCUCUUUGCCACUCAGACCAAGGCCCAGUCUUUGGCAGCAGAGAUCGACUCGGCCUCCCGGGAUGAGCUUAUGGAAGCCCUCAAAGAACAGGAGGAGAUCAACUACCGACUGAGACAGUAUAUGGACAAGAUCAUUCUCGCCAUCCUGGACCACAACCCAUCAAUCCUGGAGAUCAAAAAUUGAAAGCGGAUGUCAGGGUCGAGGUGGGAGUGGGACCAAGGAAGAGGUUGGGAGAGCAGCAGCCAUCCGAUACUUUCUGCACAUGUCACUGGAUUUAAGAGUCACUAAUACUGUAAAUGUCUAUACAUACAGCUAUAUGUGUGUAUGUGUGUGUGUAAUUGGGUAUGAAAGAAAAUGAGUGUGUAUGAAUGUUGAUAAUGAGAUGGCGUGCGGUUGAUCCUUUAGUCACAAAGGUCUGCUUUGGUUAGCUUUUCAUGCACUUUGUUGUACCUUUGCAGGAAAGAGGGUUGGCAGAGGGGAUAGGAGGAGAUUAUUAUUUUAAUAACAGUAUAACUGGAAACUUGUGUUCUAGAUAUUGGAUGAAAUGACUACCUCUGGUUGUAAGGGUUUUUUUUAAAAAAGAUCUAUCUCUAUUGUUAGAGGUGCCCCCUCACCUCCUACAGAAUGGAGAACAAAACAAUGACUUUUUCAGUAACUUGAAUACCUAGCAGCCUUGUGAUUAGGAUUAGUUUGAUAUCAUUCUCCCUUUGCCUUCACCGGUGGCACGUCCUGCCAGGGCACAAAUAUUUGGGCCAGGAAGAGAAAUUGGUCUUUUAGUAGAAAAUCAUGGAGGAGAAAGUCACUGCUUCAGAUCUUUGGUGUGUUUGGGGGUAGAAGGUUUAUGACUACCAUAAUCCCUUGCUGGCAAAGAAUGGUUUGUCACUUAAUGUCUACCUCCUCCAUUUCACACACCAUUCAUAAUGACUAGUGGCUGAUUUCUAGGGUGGUAAAUGAAUGGUUUUGGGUCUCAUGAGCAUUAAGCAGCUGUUUCUACAACUUAACCCCAGUUUUCAGGGGACUUAGAAUUCAAGCUGUUUAACUUCUUUCUGGGUGGACUCUUGGCCUUUAUUUUUUAAGGUUUCCCUUGCACUCCUACAUUCCUACUACCUCCCCCUUUGUUUCUGUUUCUGUGUGUGUGUGUGUGUGUGUGUGUGUGUGUGUGUUGUGUAUAUGUGAGUGUAUCUUGGUUGUUUAUUUAAAAAAAUGAAGAUACUUAAAUUUGUGUUUGGUAGGGAAUAGAUGUUUGGAAAGAGUAAGGGAUGGUGAAGGUGUAAGUCACUCAUAGUUGAACUGAAGGCUCUUUUGGGGGUGAGAAGGGUUUUAUUCCCAGCAGUUUUCAUCCACACCAUCACCUUCCAUCCCUGGACAUCUGAAUGGACGGCAUCUAGAUCUGGAAGCCCAUGGGCCAUGUCUGUGUGGGGGCUGAAACUAACAUCCUCAGAGGUUUUGGAUCUAACCAAGAGGAGCUUGCUUACCAUUAUUUUUAAGUCCCCCCCCCAAUAUGACCUGGCAUGAUGAUGUCUGUCUGUAAUCCCAGCUACCUAGGAGGCAAAGCCUGGCAGAGUUGAGCUGGGGAGUUCUGAGCUGCAGGGUGCUAAGUCAAUCGCUUGUCUGCAUCACACUUGGCAUAAAUAUAGCGAGCCUCUAGGACUGAGGGCCACCAGCCUCCCUAAGGAAGGGCAAACUGGCCCAAGUGAGAAGCUGAGUUGGUUAUCGAUAAAAUCAGCAGUAGGACUGAGCGUUUAAGUAGCCACUGCCCUUCCAACCCAGACUAGACAGAAAAGACCCAUUUUCUUUAAGCCCUACUAGAUGUACCUAGCACAAUCCUGAAGCCAGGCUGACUCCUCUUGGGAUGUGGGGUUUUGCCAUCAAAGGAGUUGGAUACAAAGUCAGGGUCCUGCACUCUGCUAGGAUGUGAAGCUCUUUUGUUCUGAAUAUUCAAACAGCCCUUUGUUACCUGCACUGAAGAGAAAGAGUGAGGUUGUCUGUGGGACAUGACUGGAAUAGCCCGGGAGAACUCGGAUUGACUUUCAUCAUUCUCCCAGCACUUGGUGGGGGAUUCACACUAAGAGUCUUUUAUCUACACUCACCUAGAAACUGAGCUCUUUGACAGUUGGCAACGUCUUCUCCCCCAUCCCUAAAAUUUUCAUAUUCGUCUUGAAUUUUUUUAUCCCUUUGUAAUGCAUUUCCCCAUUUACCUUAAUCUAAUUAAUAUAUAUAUGUCAUAUAUAUAUAUAUGUAUUAUAUAAUAUAUAUGUGUGUGUGUGUAUAUAUAUAU